AUGGACUGUAUGGAGGUCCUAGUAAUUGGCGAUCCACUAUUCGGAAAAAGCCUCUUGUCAGAGCGGUUUGCCCUGGCGACACGAGCAUACUGCGUGAUUGAGUGAGUAUCAUCAUUCAUCAGCAAUCUUGCUAUCAAUCUGUCGGGAAAUAAUGAGCACAAUGCCGCAUCAAAAAUGGAGCUUUGCUGCGACACAAUCCAUUUUUCUCAGCGGCAACGCGAUAGUCGGGGCGACAUUAUGCUCAGUAUUUCCCCGACAGACCGACACGAAUUAUUCUGAAGACUGUUAAUAUUUAUUUUUAUUACCAUGGCCAUCUUUCAGACCGUAUAUCCACAGAGUGAUCCAUCAGCACACCGACGGCUCUUCGGUUCAGUUUAGUCUAAUGAAUCUUCCAAAUGAGGUAAGGCCGGAUAUACAAAUGUGUAGAUAACGACUUUUUUAGGAUAUCAGGGCCAACGACUUCUCCAAAGCAAACGCAAUUCUUCUUUUGUUUGAUGAAGACGAUGUAGAGUCUCUUGAAAAGCUUCAGACACUUUGGCUGGAUAAAUUUGAACAACUUUGCGAGUCUUCGUUGAUUGCGGUUUGUGGUAGGUUUAGACCCUAAACUAAUGCCGUGGUCCAUAAAUUUCAAGGUGUUUUUAAAGCGGGUAUUUUUAUCUAAUUAUACAAACGGGUACGUUUUAUGGCCACAAAAAUUGUUACCCUCUAAUUUUAACAUCCUUUACAGGACUCACCAGCUUUUUGCAUCGAGAAAAGUUGUUUUAUCACGCAGAGCCGUCCCGCGUUGACAUCGACAGAUUUGUGGAGCAAGCCGAUGCCACCUGUUACUUCAGCGUUGACCUGGGCAGUCACGAACAGAUCUUUCAAGUAAGCAGCUUUAUUUUUCAUGCAAAAAAUUGUGUUUGUAUCAAACUUUCGUAUGUUUGCAGGUAUUCGAUCGCCUCUGCAGCGAAUUCUACGUCCCGAAAGUGCAGAAGCGAGAGCGAAGCCUGUCUUUGAAAUCUUUGAAAAGUCUGAAGUUUUGGUGA